AUGGCCGCUGAACCGAGUGCGCCUAAAAGGCGUUGCGUGAGCACCGCCUGUAUCGCUUGCCGUCGCAGAAAAUCAAAGUGUGAUGGUAACCUGCCCAGCUGCGCAGCAUGUUCAUCAGUUUAUCAUACUCCAUGCAUAUAUGAUCCAAACUCCGACCAUCGACGAAAGGGUGUAUACAAAAAAGAUACCGAUACGCUCCGGACUCGUCACACGACACUGCAGACACUCGUCCAAGCACUAUUGAACUAUGAAGAAGAAGAUGCAUUUGAUCUCGUUCGUCAAAUCCGCUCAUGCGACGACCUAGAAGAGGUCGCCAAAUCGGUUGUUGCCGGGGAGAGAGGUCUUCAACCGGCUGGUCCAGCAGCCUCUGCUGAAGAAACCGAAAGACAGUUAACCGAAGAAGAAUACUUCGCGGGUGAUCAGUUUGAGCAUGAGCUUUCGGGGAAAAUGAGCCAGCUCGUGUUGGACGGCACGCGCAGGCUCAUUGGAGGAACGUCCAAUCUGAUCUUUCUGCCUGCGGGCUCAGAAUUCGACGAAUUCAAAUCAAUGGAUAACAGCUCUGUCUCCAACAACACGCGUACCGUUCGACAAUGGACGCGAGUGACUGACGACGAUUCGCUCAUCAGUCACCUUCUUACGAUGUAUUUCACCUGGCACUAUCCUUUCUUCACGCUUCUCGCAAAGGACAUGUUUUAUCGCGAUUAUGUCCACGGGGUCUCCAGUCCUUACUGCUCGCCACUGCUUGUGAAUGCGAUGUUGGCACUGGGAUGCCAUUUCAGCUCCUGGAGCGGGGCACUCGCGGACCCUCUAAAUCCAAACACAGCAGGAGAUCAUUUCUUCAAGGAAGCCAAGAGAUUGAUUCUGGAAAACGAUGAACAUGAAAAUGCCAAGCUUUGCACGGUACAGGCAUUCGCUCUUAUGUCGGUCCGUGAGGCUGGAUGCGGGCGAGAGGGCAGAGGUUGGGUAUACAGUGGUCUCAGCUUUCGUAUGGCCUUGGAUCUAGGCCUAAACGUGGACGCAAGCAGUAUGGGUCCGGAUAGUCUCAGUGAAGAAGAAGUGGACGCCCGGCGAAUCACUUACUGGGGCUGUCAUCUUGUCGAUAAAUGUUGGUCCAAUUACCUUGGUCGACAGCCUCAGUUGUCUGCAUCAAACACGAGUGUGUCCAAGUUUGAAGUGCUCCCUGGAGAGGAGACAGAGCUCUGGUCGCCGUACACAGACGCUGGUGUCGUUCAGGAUCACACACAGCCUUCCAGAACCAGGGCAGUGGCAUUUCACAUCUCGAAGCUGUGCGAGAUAAGUAGUGACCUUCUUGUGUUCUUCUACCAUCCAGCCGAGCUGGAAAAAACACAGCAAAAGCAGCUAGAGCUCAAAAGAUUGAGUGACGUCCAUACUCGGCUCGAGGCAUGGAAGAAGGAGUUGCCAAAAGAAAUGGAGCCAAAGGAAGGACAAUUGCCGCAGGUACUCGUAAUGCACAUGUUCAAUCAGCUAUUAUUCAUCCAUCUAUAUCGGCCCUUCUUGAAAUACAGCCGAGCCAACACUCCCCUCCCAUCGCAUGUCUCACCACGCAAGAUCUGCACACAAGCAGCAUCUGCCAUUUCGAAAUUAUUGAGAAUGUACAAACGCACUUACGGACUGAGACAAAUAUGCAAUAUCGUGGUCUACAUUGCUCACACUGCUUGCACAAUUCACCUUCUGAAUCUCCCCCAGAAAAAUGCCCAGAGAGACAUCAUUCAUGGGCUUCGAAACCUUGAAGAGAUGGCCGAAGGCUGGCCUUGCGCUCGACGAACACUGCGAAUCCUCGAUCUCUCAGCCCUCAAAUGGCAGGUAAACUUGCCCUCUGAGGCCACUGCGAUCCUAUGGCGCAGCCACAACAAAUGGGGCUCGUGGGGCUCAUGGGAUCACUCAGCUUCGCCUACUGCGUCCGAUGAUUCGCAGAUGGUUCAUUUUAACUUGAAAUCUGCUGUCACGACGCCGAGCCAAAGCUCCCCGCCCCCUCGUGCUCGACCUAUCCCUUCUGCUGCAGCUUCGAACUCGACGGCGAAAAUCAACUUCAACCUGCUAGCCUCGUCGAUUGAACUUAUUGGUGACACACGUCAUACAGAAGCGCCGCCACAGUUUUCCCGACCCCUACCUAGCGCUGCUGGUCAAUUCUCUGGAAUUGUGUCUCACGAAUCAAGAGAUUUACGACCUUCAAUGAAUUCCCAAUCCAGCUUGACAGGCCCAUCAUCCAUGCGUCAUGCCGAACCGGGAUGGUUUGAUGCCGUGACUCCGCUCUUAUCGUCACAGACCGCGCCCCAGCCUGAUACUUCCUAUUCAGAUACCGCCUCUUCUGGAGUUGUUGAAGGUUCACAGCCAGUCGUGAACACGGGUCAAGAAUGGUGGUCCCGCGACUCAUUUGGAUUGGAGACUUGGCCCGGCUUGUGGAACGUAGGCACUGCAAAUCCUUCGCCCAACGCACCGUAUGAGGGUGAUCAAUCCUACCCUUUGGCCACAGCCCAGCCACCAGCCACAUCAUUUCCUCCCCCACAUCAGGCACAGCUGACUGUACCGGUCCCUCCAGGCUCAAGAACUCUCGGUAGUCAGGUCAGCAGCACCAUCAACGACGAGCCUUGGGAAUAA